CAAAUGUGCCUCUGACCAGAAAGCACACUCCUCGUCGAAAGGUGUCCUGGUGAAGUCGGCGACUUCGAGAUCUGCUCCUGAUCACUGAACUUGAUAGAGCUCAGCCUUAGCUUCGGUUUGCCUCCCGCAACUCAACUGAAAUAGAAAAAUUAUCAAGAUGCUCCGGAACUCUCUUAUUACGUCACUACUCUUCCUCGGUUUGUUCCUGACCGAAUUGGCGGCGCCAGUACAGGGCGCCGCCGACAUAUCAGCUGGGAAUGGAACGAAGUAUGGUGCCGACACUAGGGACAUCUGCACCGACAGCGCUUGCACCACCAAGAAAGGAACGUGCCGAAGUUUUCUGUCCAGCUGCAGGGAGUUGGAUGAUUCGCUCUGCGGGAUUCUGUGCUCGUGCUGUGUUCCUUGUAGCGGGACCUGUGGGACGGCCAACGACGGCACGUGCAAAAGUACCUGCACCUCGACAGAGGAACAGAUCCCGGGCUGUACAGGAAGGAACUGCAGAUGUUGCAGGGCCUUGAAAAAAUGUGGAACCGGGAGUAAAGGCUUGUGCAAAUCAAGUUGCAGCACCAGCACUGAAACCACAGACACAACAGGCACUUGCACCGUUUCUGGGUACAAGUGUUGCGUUCCUAAGACAGGAUGCACAGCUAAGUGUGGAUUCCUCAACAAGUACACCUGCAUCACCUCGAGCCAAUGCCCCAUCUGGAAAUGGAGGCCGGGGACUUGCCGCAGUGGAUGCCAGUGCUGCGCAUAGAUAUUUGGUUGAGGAGGGAAUAAACAGCUCCUUCUGCAGUUCCCAAAAGAUGCUCAUCGUUGGAAGGGAACGCGCUCGCACUCGCGCACUUCUACACUGGAAUCUCAUAGCACACAUUCAUAAACUGGAAUUUCAUAUGCACACACUCAUAAACUGGAUUUUCAUACGCACAUAAAAUAAAUGAUAUAUUUGAACAAAAUUACAACAGGCAAAAUUAGAAUUAUAUCCUUGCAUUUUUUUGUACUCAGAAUUAUAUCCUUGCAUUGUUUUGUACUCAAGGAUCAGUGGAUAUUAAAUUUUUCGAUGACUGA